AUGUUUGGACGCAUUUUCCAUCUGCUCAUAGAUGCCAUGCUGGUGAGCGUGGCGCUGUCCGGUAUCAAGCGAAGCACAGGUCUCACGCCAGCAGUGUCGCGGAUGCCUAACAAGGAUCUUCGAAACCUGCUGCGCAUCUACCUGGAAGCAGGAGAAUGGAUCAUGGACUUUUCUGUGGUCAUCCUCGGUCGAUCGAGCUCGUUUGAACGACUUCGCUAG